AUGAAACAAUCCACUAGUGUGCGGAAGAGAGCCAGCAACCGGCAACCCAUCAAACACACCAAAACCUUCUCCGGCUGUUGGACCUGUCGGGAUCGUCACGUCAAAUGUGAUGAGGGCAGGCCAGAAUGUGCGCGUUGUUUGAAGGGUGGGUUUGAGUGUCAAGGCUACGGCAUUAGACUGGUGUGGGUUGAUCCCGAUACUCAGGAGCGCGAGCAAAACAUCAGGCGAGCGAUUGGUGCGCCUGCUAUCUACGAAGAUGACUCCCGAUUCAUGCAGGUCGAUGUCCCCAAAGCCUUAGAUGCGAUAGAAAGACUGUCUGCGCAGCGUGUUUCGCUGGCCUCGGGACCAUUUUCUGUCUUUGCGCUGAAUCUGUCUGCAGCUGCCAACAAGACUUGCUUAGAGGAUCAGAGGUGGAACUCACUUAACGAUGUGGCCAUGGUAUCCUCUCCCUCCGUUCUCUCGGGGGAAGGAUACAGCGACGACGAUGAAGAAGACGUUUUGGAGACGGUCAUUUCCCCUGUCCUCUUGGAAGCCUCUACGCCGGCCCAUACCUCUGAACUCUCCAACACACUUUAUCCUAGCAGGCAUAGCUUGGAUGCUCGACAUCCAUCGAUAUUACGCCAUCUUGAUCUGCUCCCACGCCCUGCCGAGCAACGAGAACUGAUUCACCAUUGGACUUCAUUUGUGAGCUGGCAUCUGGUCCCCGUGGACCGGGCAGACAAUCCUUUCCGCAGCGUCUUUACGCCUAUGGCUCUCUCUGGGUUAACAUCACCCUCGAAGCAGUCGAAUGGUCAAAUCGCCCUGUUCCACGCUCUGUGUGCCACAUCCGCGUUCAGCCGUGGUCAACUCCUUAACGAUAACGGCCCAGCCUUCACCCUGGCGAUGAAGCACUACAACCUUGCCAUCAUGCACCUCCGCCACAGUUUGGCCAACGUCAAAGAUAGCCGCCAGCUGGACGUUCAGCGUGGCGCCAUUCUCGCCACAAUCACCAUGUUCUCGGCUAUGGACAUGAUCACAGGCAGAUCGUCGGAGUGGCGUACACAUCUACAAGGUGGCGCUUCCUGGCUCGGCACGAUCGAAGGCAACGUGUGGGACCGUGAUAAGAGUUCUUCGAUGGUGUAUCAGGCUUACCUGUCUAUUGCGGCUCUAUGCAACAUUAACCUACCGGCAACCGUCAAUGUGGAGUCUGAUGACUUCCUCGAUCAGAGGCACUAUGUGCUAGAUCGGCUCUUUGGCCUUACACGCCCAAUCUUGAAGAGCAUCGUGAUGAUGAACGCACUCAUAAAACGCUUUCCCAAUUCAGACAUAAGCGCUGAUCCCGAGACAUUGGAUGAGCUCGAACUGCAGUUAUACGAACAGACGCCUGAUAGCCUUGACCUCGAGGGCCUGGACCCCCUAACCAAAGAUCUAACACGACACCAUGCAUAUGUCUUCUACUACGCCUCCCUCAUCUACUUUCAACGCACCGUACGUCGGCGGCCACCGGAUGAGCUGCAAGAGCUGGUCAGAUAUGGGGUCGGACACUUACAAGAGAUUGAAGACCUGGGCGGUGAGGCUAUCGGGUGUACGCUGGCGUGGCCGCCCUUCGUGGUUGCAUGUGAGUGUCUGAGUACGGACCUCCAAGAGCAAAUGCUGGCUUGGUACGUACUGAAAAGGCGGCAUGGCUUCAUGAACCUCGAAAUCUCGAAGGAUAUAGCCAAGGAGCUGUGGCGGAGACGGAGCCUUGCGCCAAAGGAUGUGGACAUCCAGUGGCAGGACGUCCUGAAGGAAAUGAACAUGGAUAUUGUACUUGCUUGA